AGUACGAGCGUAGUCGCGAAACGGCAUGCGUUGGUAGCGUUGUGCAGAAAUUCAGUGCCAAGUUGUUACAGACGAACCUUGGCAUGGGACUUAUGUAUCGAGCCGGCGUGUUGAUCUCUUAGUGAAUCAUUUCCCAUUGAUUACGUGUAACUGUGCGCAAGGAACGAAAUAACGAGUGUGUGAGUUUUGUUAUCCCGUGUGCUAGUGGUCCUGCUGCUGUUCCAACAUGCAGUACCUACCACUUGCGGCCGGUAUUCUGGGGAUGGUGAGCUUUAGCAGACCCCAGGAUAGUCUGCUGUCGAUGCUCAGCUUCCUGCAGGAUGGCGGCGAGCGUAUGUCGCACGAGCUGCCAAGCCAACCGGUCGUUCGGCCAGAAUAUGAUUUCAUCAUUGUCGGAGCCGGAUCGGCCGGCAGUGUGCUGGCAAAUCGGCUAAGUGAAGUGCCGGACUGGUCGGUGCUGCUGAUCGAGGCAGGACCUGGUGAGAAUUUGCUAAUGGACAUCCCGAUGGCGGCACACUAUCUGCAAAACUUCAACAUCAACUGGGACUAUCGAACGAAACCGAGCGACCAGUACUGUUUGGCGUUCAAGAACAAUCAGUGUCGCUUUCCCCGUGGCAAGGUGAUGGGUGGCUCGAGCGUACUAAACUACAUGAUCUAUACGCGGGGCAAUCGGCGCGAUUUUGAUCACUGGGCCGACCUGGGCAAUCCGGGCUGGUCGUACAAGGAGGUGUUGCCGUACUUCAAGAAGCUCGAGCACAGCGUCGUACCAGACGCGAACCCGGCGUACGCGGGCAAGGAUGGUCCGCUUACCAUUUCCUAUCCACGGUUCCGCUCGGACACGGCAAAAGCGUUUGUGCAGGGCGCAAUAGAGGACGGUGCCCCAUACGUCGACUACAACGGGCCGACCCAGAUCGGUGUCUCGUACAUCCAGAGCACUACGAAGGAUGGCAAACGGGACAGUACGAACGUGGCGUAUCUGUACGAUAUGCGCAACCGCUCGAAUCUGCACGUGAAGAAAAACAGCCAGGUGACGAGAAUCCUGUUCGACCGCAGUGCCAACCAGGCGAAUGGUGUCCGAUUCUUUCACGCCGGCCGUUUCCACACGGUUCGCGCGCGUCGAGAGGUGAUCGUUUCUUCUGGCGCUAUCGGUUCGCCCCAUCUGCUGAUGCUUUCCGGCAUUGGACCAGCCGACCAUUUGCGCGCAAACGGCAUCAAACCGAUCGCUGAUCUACCGGUGGGGCACAACUUCCAGGAUCAUACCGCGGCCGGUGGUCUCACGUUUCUGGUGAACAAUACCCAAACGCUCACCUACAAGAACGUGUUCCGGCUGGACAACUUCAUGAAGUAUCAGUACGACAAGCGUGGACCAUUCACGUCUACUGGCGGGUGCGAAGCCAUCGCAUUCUACGACUCUGAGCGUCCGGGCGAUCCAGACGGAUGGCCCGAUUAUGAACUGCUGCACAUCGGUGGUACGAUCGGGGCCGAUCCCACCUACGAGGUGAACUUCAACUACAAGCACAAAACGUUCCAAACCCUGUUUGGCGAGAUUCAGCGCCGGAACUACGAUGGGUUUACGGUUUUCCCAUUGAUCAUGAGACCGCGCAGCAAGGGACGCAUCUCGCUGAACGGUUCCAGCCCGUUCCAGUAUCCGAUCAUCGAGCCGAACUACUUUGACGAUCCGUACGAUUUGGACAUUUCGGUGCGUGCCAUCCGGAAGGCGAUCGAGCUGAGCCGGACUGGCGCGAUGCAGCGGUACAAUGCCCGCCUGCUAGAUAUUCCGAUGCCGGGCUGCGAACAUUAUCGCUUCGAUUCGGACGACUACUGGAAAUGUUUUUCGCGCCACGCCACCUUCACGAUCUACCACCACGUGGGUACGUGCAAAAUGGGCCCGAGAAAGGAUCCUACCGCGGUGGUGGAUGCGAGACUGCGCGUACACGGUGUGAAGGGUUUGCGAGUGAUCGACGCAAGCAUCAUGCCGGAUGUACCGGCGGGCCAUACGAAUGCGCCCACUAUCAUGAUCGGCGAAAAGGGUGCCGACAUGAUCAAGCAGGAUUGGAACGAGCUUACGUAGACUGAUCAUAGGAGAAUGUUAGCGUUUUUUUUACUUGGGAGACUUUAACCCUUAGUCAGAUAGAGUGUUUAUGCACGGCGGUGGCAUGCAAUUUAUUAAUUCCUAUACGAGAUCUCCCACAAGAGAAAACAUGUACUAUUUAUACUAUUUAUAAAACCUGUAAUAUUGAGUUGCUAGUGAUAAUUGUAAAUCAAACAUGUUGUGUACUUAGAUUUCGCUGAAAUCC